GUAUAGUUUUUAGAAAACAAAAUUACAGCCUUGUCUUGUAAAAUAACUGAGAUCGCACUCAGACACAGCCCAUCGAUUGCCAAUCGCUGAAGCGCCUCCUUCCACGCACACACACACACACACACACACACAGUUGCGCCUUUCGUCAUCUCUCUCUGUCUCUCGCAUCGUCGCACUUUUCAUCGCAGCUGCAACGCAAAUUCCAGAAAGGAGCCACAAAAAACCCACAAUCCACCGAAUCCUUCACGUAAAUAAAAAUCUCAGCGUACUGCUCGCAAAGAUGUUGCGGGCCCUGCGGCAGUAAAACCCAGAUUUUUAGGUCUCCACCCCACCCGUUUGGCGGCUGACACACGAGGAGCAUGUUUAAGAAGAUUUUCACGUACAUACAAAAAAAUGCCAGCAGCUCCAACAUGUUCAGCCCAACGACAACACCCAUACCCACACCCACAUCCACAGCACCGGGAGUAGCAGCAGCAGCAGUGGCACCAUUGAAUACCCAUGAGGCGACGAGGCGACGCAUCGAGUAUGAGGAGGAGGGACAAGACAGUGGGCUCUUGCUGGAGGAAGAGGAUGAGGAGGAAGAGUACAUCAUGGAGGAUGACAUUGAACGUCAAAUCAAGACAUCCAUAAUCGAUGCCACUAAAGUGCAUGCUGCCAAGGCCAAGGCCAUGGCUGGUAUAAGGCUGCCCCUGCAACUCCCGCUUCCACCGCUCUCCCUUCCGCCCAAUCUCCAGAUGGAUGACGAGCUGGCGGACUUUGCCAACGAACCGGGGACGCCGAACGAUGGCGAACUCGACGAGCAGUUCCUGGAACUUGAUAAUUUUCCCAACAACGAAAUUAUCGUCCUGAGUGACUCAGAUCUCCUCAACUCUUCCCUUGCAUCGGACAAUAUUUCCGAGGAUCCCCUGGCCAUAGACAAUAUUCUGGACUCGUCUUCGGUGACCACCAACGAGGAGGUGGACACCAGCGGUGAUCUGCUUUGGCUCAAGCUCAACACAGAGUCGGAACCCCUCAGUGGUGGUGGUGCUGGUGGCAGCAACGUCAGCAGCUGCCCCGUGCCCCAGGCGAAGCAGCAGCGGGCCAAGACCAAAGAAGAUGAGAUGCGGGACGGUGGCUCCGACUCUGGUUUGGGCAGCGAAACGACCAGAAUCACGCUCAAGGAGCAGCCAGUGGUGCCAGAGCCCAAGCGUUCGAAUCUGAAGCGUCGUCUGGAGGAUAACGAAAGCGAUGCCAUCGAUCUGGUGCCUGAUAUGUCCGGUACUGCACUGUCGGCAGCUAGCACCGUCGCCGCACAGAAACGUCCAAAGCGCAGCAUAAAUUUUGACAACGUCAAGAUCUAUUACUUCCCUCGACAGCAGGGGUUCAGCUGUGUGCCCACCCUCGGCGGUUGUACCCUCGGGAUGGGAGCGCGCCACAUUGCCUUCAAAACGAUGACCCUGGCGGAGCAUGCGGCCGAGUUGAGGCGUGCCCAUCGCAGCCAGAACCAGGAUGUGCAGCCUCGAGGCUCCAGCAGCGAAGACACUGAGGAAUCGGAAGAGGAUUUCCUCAGCGAGGGCAGUGGCUCGGAUGCGGACGAUGGCUCCAAUGGUUUCCUGACCACGAUGUCGCCCAAGCAGCGGCGAGCCCUGCUCAAGGCGGCGGGCGUGCGGAAGAUCGAUGCAAGCGAAAAGAUCGAAUGCCGGGAUAUCCGAAACUCGCGCGAAGUGUGCGGCUGUUCGUGCCGCGAAUUUUGCGACCCGGAGACCUGCGCCUGCAGCCAGGCGGGCAUCAAAUGCCAGGUGGAUCGCUCCAUGUUCCCCUGCGGUUGUUCGCGAGAGGCCUGCGGCAACACCGUCGGCCGCGUGGAGUUCAAUCCGACGCGUGUGCGCACCCACUAUAUCCACACGGUAAUGCGGCUGGAUCUGGAGCAGCGUCAGGGCGCCCAGGGGCACAUUCAGCAACAGCCGCCGCAGAGCAGCUCCCUGACGUACUCUUCCGUAGGGACAGGGGUCCCCAGUGGUGCUGUGGCAUCCCCCACGGCCGCGGCCUCCCAUUGUUACUUCAUGCAAACGCAGUCGAACUAUAGCUCGGGUUAUGCCUCCCCCGCGUACACGCCCGAGAGCAGUGUCAGCUAUUACCAGCAGCAACAGCAAGCCGUGGUGGUGCCUCCUCCUAUACCGACCAAUCCCCAGCAGCCACAGAGCAGCUAUGCGACGGCCUAUGCCCAGUUGGAUAGUCUGGAUUCGGGUCUCUUUGCCAGCGGUAGCAACGCCACACCCUCCUACGGGGAGCUCUAUCAAUCGCUGAGCUAUGGCAGUGCCCAGCUCACUUCCUACCAGUCCGCCUAUCAGCCGCUCUCAGCAUCACCCGUUGCCGUGGCACCCAGUGGCGGCUUUAGCUCUUGUUCGGUGCCCUCCGCGCCACCAUUUGGGAAUGCCACAACGACAGCCUCGAGCAAUGCCCAAUACCAAACCACCGCCGCCUCCAUGACUGCUGCCUCGUCGAUUAGUGGCAGCAGUUGCAACCGCCUCAGUGGAACCACCACCUCCUCCUCCACCGCCUCCGCCACGACCAAUGACUUCAUCAGCCUGAAUGCACCGCUAGCCAGUUCCUCGCGCCUCUCCCAGAUCAAUGAUCUGCUGCAGCACAAUCGUAAUACCACCGCCGCGUUGGUGGCCGUCUCUGAGGGCUAUAGCGGUGUAAUAACCAGCUCUACUUCGUCUACGAUCGACUCCAUUGACACGCCGCCCAUUGUUGAGGAUUCGCAGCGUAGCUGCAUGACCUUUGAGGCGCUGCCACCGCCCCUCGUCAAUCCCACGCCCAUUGUGGCGGUGGUGGAGAGUAAAAUGCCAACGAUAGCAGCCGUCAAUCCACUGCCACCACCUGCUCCACAACCCCGUCAGCCGCUGGAUGUGCAAUCCCUGACCGAAACCGCAUAAAAUAAACGUAUGGGAACAACCGACAGAGAGAGAGAGAGAGAGAGAGCUGGGAAUAGUUUUUAUAGCAAUUUUACACAGCAAAAGACUUCAUUACGUUUAAGGCGACGAUGACGGUGACGGCAAUGGCAGUGGCAGUGGCAAGCCUUCCACACACACACACCCUUGUAAAAAUCAUUUUUUUAUUGUUAAGAAAAAAAAGUUCUAGAUAAUCUCGUAAGUGCGAAAAAUGUAAUUUAAACACUUUGUUGCUUAAGUUUUUCGUUUCCAACGCGUUUUUCACAAAUUAUAUGAUGUAUAAUGUUUUCUAGCCCCUUAA